UCUUCAACCCCCAGAUCUAACCCCGACCGGCCUUCCUGUACUGUCAUGGGAUCUUCAGGGCACACUUUAGGCAGAGACGACCAGGCUUCUCUAAACCCAGGAAUUUACAGUCAGAAGGCUGGUGGCACCAACAACCCCACGCCGUUGGAAGAUAGAUCUAAAACCAGUGGGGAAAUCAAGAGUGAACCGGUGCAAGCAGCCCAGCCCAGCGGCCAGCCUGUUCAGCAGUCACCGCAGCAGCCACCACAAAUCUAUCCGUGGAUGACCAAACUACACAUGAGCCACGAAGCAGAUGGCAAACGCUCUAGGACCAGCUACACUCGCUACCAAACUCUGGAGCUAGAAAAAGAAUUCCACUUUAACCGCUAUCUCACCCGUCGGAGGCGCAUAGAGAUCGCCAACAACUUGUGUUUGAAUGAGAGGCAGAUCAAAAUCUGGUUUCAAAAUCGGAGGAUGAAAUGGAAGAAAGACUCCAAACUGAAAAGCAAGGAGUCUGUCUAG